AUGCCUCCUUUCCAGUUCAUUGGAGAAAAAGAUCGAAGAAUAUCGCUAGUGUAUAAGCAAUUUGCAAUACUCUCGCAACUCAUCGCCGCUCUUGACGAUCAUUUAUUUAUAACACGCCAAGUGCGCGAUCAACUCGCCUUACUGAGUGCCACCAAGCAACUGCAUGUGCAUUUCUAUCGCUAUAUGCUUGUUCACUUCAAUGAGCACUUGCCAACCAUAUUCACGCAACGCUUUAAUUUCACACCCAGAGAUGAAGUUAUCACUAACAUCUAUUGGUAUUUGUUAUUAUCUCAUUAUUAUUCGUAUUUUAAUUGCAAUUACUGUUGUUUCGAGUGGAAUGAAAGCGUUAUGGUUUCAUCACAAUUGGUCAGUUUUGAACGAUUUCAACUGGAGAAUGAGCGUAUUGAAUAUGGCAAAAUUAUCGAGAUGCAGAAAUGUGUACGAAAAUUCGGGAGUUAUUCGAAAGAAAUUGGUGAGGACGACGAACUGAUUGAGAUUACUUCUUCAGUUGAAGGAGAAAUGUUGUACAGUAUCGAUGAAGCGUGUACAGUUGUUCAGUGUUGGGAAAGAGUCUAUCAAUCAGUUACUCGAUUCAACUAUCUAAAAGAAAUACGUCGAAAAGCAUACGACUUAAAGACAUCACACAAACCAGUGGACCCUUUAAAAGCGAUUAUUAUGCUUCAAGCGCGAACCCGUGGUAUGUUAGCUAGAAAAAUGGUUAACAACUGGCGAAAUGCUGAGAUGAAAGUACUUGAAAUGAACGUUGAAAGCUUGUUACGAUCGAAAAUCGAUGCUAGAAAAGGCAUUCGAUAUACGCGGAAUGUUCAUGGUUAUGUUCAUAUCAGUCACAUUCGGCAGCACAAAUUCAGAAGCAAUUUGGCUUCUAUUGCCAGUUUACCUCGUAACUUCAUGUUCAUGUUCAUCCUUGCAGAAAGUCUCUACCAUGAACUGCUAAUCGCAGAUAUUAUAAAACACCGUCCCAAAACUGAAUGCAUUUCUUUGAAUGAUUUGAUAACGUUCACUUGUAUGGCACAUAUCGGCAAAACGAAACGACUACUGUUUGAUUGUCGAACGAUUGUUUAUUGUACGACUGUUAUACCGCAUAUUCUCAAGUCAUGGAAUUUUGCUGGCAAUGAUCUGCGACGUGGUUCGCUUCUAAUUGUUGGUGACGAAAAUUGUGGGAAAACAGCAUGGUGUUGUGCCAUUGCAGAAUUUUGUGCAGCAACGCGUGUUUCUUUAUCAGCCAAAGAGAUUGCCCUGAAGGGAGCUAAAAAACUGAUACGUACAAUCGAACAGAACCUUUUCGAGCAAUUCGAGAUAAAAUUUCAAUUGAAUUUUGGAGAAAUUUACCAAAAGAUAACUUCAUUUGUAUUGAAGUUUGCGAAACGAGACAACUAUUGCGUUGUGGAAAUCGACCACUUGGAAGUGUUCAACGAUUGUCGAAAGAAGGCAAAGACAAAAUCGAUUCGUAAACUAAUGCUGUGCUCUCUACUCGAAUCAUUACAAAACACAAAUGCUCAAAUAAUCGGUAUGAGCAGAACAUUUCAGUUGGACAAGCAAAUUCUCGAUUUCUUCGUCAACAUUUUGUGUCUGCCAUCAAGUCCCAGCAAUAACUCCUUCGAUGUGAUGGUGGAUCGAUUAAGUAGGAGACUGGAAAACGAUCGUUUACCGCGGAUACCGACAACAAUAUCCGACCUGUGGAAGGCAGGAAAAUAA